UGAUCAUCUACUUUCAUUCUUGAAAAUUUGUUAAAUUAAACUUUAAACAAGAUAAAGAAACGUUACAUUCAUCUCAAUUUUUUUGCUUUUUUUGUUUAGAACUUUCUUUUUUUGUCUUCGUCGUGGCAAUGAAUCUGGAGAACUUUCAAAAUAUUUCCCUGAUGACAUGUUAGCUCCAAACAUUCGACAUCCUAAAGAAGUCACCGUAAGAGUUUACAAGGCUGAGAAUUUACGUGUCGCACCACGUUCUGAUCAUAAGCAAAAAAAAGUUAGCCAGAAAUGGAAAUGCGUUAUUAUAGGUGGGAGAAAGAAAAUUAGUACAGAGUGUGUCUAUGCACCAGAUGGUAAUCCUGUUUGGAAUUUCGAAACCACAUUUAAAAUUGCAACUAGGGGUGAUCCAGUUGUUCUCUUAGUUUCCGAUUCUGAGGAUAAUCAUGUGGGUCAGGUAGUUGUACCCGGAGUUACAAUCCCACCAAAACCUGCAGACCCUUCUGUUAGUCUCACGGAUAAUUCCCGACUAUGUAUCAUGGAGAUGGAACAAACAAAAAAGACGGAGAUUGGCUUUGGAAGACUUUAUUUCUGGAUUUGGGUGGAAGAAUACCGUAGUGAGGAAUCUAAAAGCAGGAGCGCCAAGGGGUCUGUCCUAAGCUUAUCGAGUUUACAUCUUCAUAAAGACAAAGGUUCAACACCUAAUUCAUUAAAUUAUAGUGGAAGUGUUAUAAGUUUAUCAUCCAAUAAUGAUGAGUACAAGAAAAAGAAACGAUGGUAUACGAAAGUAGCUAAUCAUGCUAUGCAUGUGCCUACUUCAAUUCAACAAUCACGUUCACCUUCAAAUUCAGUGCCGAAUACAAAGUCAAUGAAUAAUAGUUACAAUCCAUUUGAUUAUUAUCAACAAAAUUUAAAUGAAGAAGAUGGAGUAAUUGAAGAAAAAGAUGGAAGUGUACUAGGAGCUUAUAGUGAAUUAACAGCUAAUUCAUUAUCAUCUUCAUCAGCAUUUGCUACAAAUCAAUUAAAGCGACGAAAUUCAAUGCAUCCAAGUAAAAGAAGUGGAUUAAUUGCUUCAAAUAUUGAUAUUAGUAUAAAAGAUUCAGAUGAACAUUUGAAGAGUAAACCGGAACUGUUGAGAAUAGCACCAAAAUGUGGUCCAUCUUCAGGUGGUACUGAAUUAACAAUUUACUGCCGUUUUCUCACGACUGAAAUAAUGAAGCAAUCUACCGUUUUUGUUGGUGACCAUCCAGUUUCUCGAGAUGACUGGUUCCUAGAUGAGUCAAGUCAAUCUGAUUUAUCGCAGUUACGUGUCCAUAUGCCUUCGUUACAGCCUGGACGUUAUUCUAUUUAUAUAGAUAGUGUGGAAUUUGGACGUAUUCUUUGUAACCAGGAGUUUACCUACCUUCACUCGGACGUCAAUUUAAUCCAAUCACCUACAAGGAACUUAGCUGUUUCAUCAAUGGAUGAAUCAACUAACAAAAUUAUUAAUAUUACUCCAAAAACCAAUACAUCUGUUGAAGAGACUGACGGUGGUGUUGUAUUCAAUCGUAUGGGUUCUCAGAGAAGUAAUCUUGUAUUGGUUGAUCGGCGUAGUGGUCGUCGUGAACGUUCAAGACCUGAAGCAUUAGGCAGAUCAGAUUCAUUGAGUAGUUCUAUUUUAGGCGGUUCAUCUAAAAUGGGAACGAUAAAUCAUGAUAAAGUUGAUAUGAAUAAACACGACAACACAACAUUCAAUGCUCAUGUCAAUGAUCCAAGUAAAGAGUUAUCAAGCCAAGGUAAACCAUAUAAUAAUGUUGAUGAUGUUAAUAAAAAUUUCUAUGAAACUGAUCAUAAGCCUGUUACUGUUGAAAUUUCUACCUAUAUUCUACCUAGUCCAAUACAUUUUAAUCGUGUUGGUUCACAACGUGGUGAAUUGAAGUUACAUGAUCGACGUGACAGUAAUAAUAAUAAUCGUCAUCAUCCUCGACGUACUCCAGUGAAAACAACUAGUGAAGAUGAGGCAAAAGAAUUAGGCAGUCCAGAUGAUUUUCAAAAGACUACUGCACUUUCAUCAGUUAUACUAGAUGAUAAGCGUAGAGAAACUGAAGAUGUAGUAUUAUUGAACAAGUCAGAAAAUAAGAUGGAAAUAAGUGAAAAAAAUUCACCAGAUUUUCAAGAGGAAAUGUCAUCUUUCAAUCCAAUUUCAGAAUUUUCCAUCAAUAAUGAUACAGUUUCUUCAUCUUCUUCUGAAAUAUUUUCUAAUCAGCAAUUUAAUUCAUGUUUGGAUUAUUCAGUCAUAACGAACUCUAAUAUUUUAUCGAAUGUUUCUUUAUCUCAAAUACCGGAAGAGUCAGAAAAUAACACAACACUACUCAGUGAUUCACGUGGAGCAACUGAUUUUCAAGUUGCUCAUAAUAAAGACGUUAUCCAGUUUGAAAAAUUGAUUGAAGAAAACCCCUAUCAAAAUUCGCUGGAUACUGGACCUUUAACUGGUGAAUCAAAUUUAUGUUCGUUAGUUACUUAGAUAAUGUUAAGUCUGUAUAAUUUAAUCUUAAGUUGUUGGAGAUAAUUGAUAGGAAGUCAUAAUUGGAGGACGCUUUGUACUAGUCGUCAAAUGAUAUUCACAGUGUUGAUGACACUGAUGCUCUCCAUGGGAUUCGAACUUACGUCACUGAGUGCUAUUUUUUCUGACGUCUCUUGACUUUGGUUAAAAUCCCAUAGACGCAUCAUCUCCUUCUCGACUUCAGACAUGAUUUGUUGAAAAGUUGCAACUAUUAUGAAGCAUCAAUUAAUCACGUAUUCAUGAUGGUUGGGAUUUGACAGAAAGAUAUAAUGUACGAGAUGUCUGGUCAUGUAGACUAGACUGGUGACUAUACUUCAACUUCGUCGGUAGAAUUCAGUCAACACAAUAGAUGAGUAAACAAACAUUAUGUUGAUUACUAAAUAAUGAGUAAAUAGUAUAGUCUAGAAUCAACUGGAUGAAGUAUUAUAAAUAUGAAUACGCAAGCUUAAAAUGCUGGGAAAUAUAUUAGAUUUGUUUAUUCAUUAGGGGCUUUUGAAAUUUGUUCGAUUUGAAUUUAGCUUUCAGCCUGAAGUGAAACUGGCUGUAGAAUCAUUCACAAUUGAAUUUUUUGUUUUCUGUUGUCCAACUCAGUUAUAAUAUACUCUCCAUACGGUAUACCGAUCCCACAAUUCAGAUAAGAAGACUGAAUAAGUAAGAGGAUUUAGUUGUUAAAAUGAAUUAUAAUGUGCACAAACUGUGGUGACACACGUAAAUGUCUUAACUUCCCAUUCAAGGACAUGUAGACUGAGAACAUGACUAGGUGUAUGAUUGACUUAUCUCGGUAGAGUUCCCCAUUUACAACUUCUAAUCUACAGUUUUUGACUUCUAGAUAUCGUUUGGCCUCAGCCAUGGAAUAUUGUUAAAUUCUCUUAGCAUGUCAGAAUUCGAAAAUAAGAUACAGCAGCUCUACUCCAUGACUUUUUAAUAGUUCUCUAGAUAAUUUCAGUUGCUGACAAAAACUUACUUCCAGUAAACUACCCUUUUACCAAGUAACAUAUUUGUAUAAUGGGAUUCAAGUUACACAAUUAGACUGUGUUAUCAUUCAUCAUACUAAUCAGUUGACUAAAUCAAAUUAGAUGAAGUUUAAUUUUUUAAAAAAAAACAAAAUACAUUUAGAAUUCACUAAGUAUUGUUUGUUUGGAUCUUCCC